AUGCUAGGUGGUCAAGUUGGCAACAUUCCCGCUGGCGACUAUGCUUGCUUCCGUCUCAACGGCGAUAUCCGUACGCGCUUGCAGACCGCCAACGACUCGACCAAGGGCUUUGUAAACAAUGCUGGAAGCAUGUUUGUGGUGGUGUUGAACCGCGCCACGCAGGUGGUCGAGUUGCACACGGAUAAGACGGGCGUGUGGGUCUCCCAUCCCGAUGGCAGUCUCCGAGACAUCCAACUGUCUCUACGUCAGCUCGCGGCAGCCUCGGCAGGUGACGAGAAUGGGCAGAGCGACCACCAGUACGCCUGCAACGGCCAUGGGCCCAUCGCGCUCGCCGAUUGA